AUGGUGGUGCUUGCACUGGAGCAGUCCAAGAAACACAUUGAAGACAUCCAAGGAGAGAUUUCCCACUGGCAAACCAAAGUUGAUAAUCUGUCAAGUGAAUACAUGAAGGAGAAAGAGGAAAACAUCCAUCUGAAAUGUGAAAUCCAGGAGGUUAGCCAACAACUUCAGCUCCAGUCGGACUACUUGGUCCACCUGGGCGCAUCGUCGUGUACUCUUCUGUGGAGGGUGUCUCGGUGUGAGGAGAGCAUUGAGGCCAUCAUUGGAGGUACAAAAGUGGACGACUUUUUGUCUUUGGUCUCAACCACGCUGAACAGCUUCCUGCAGACUUAUGACAACCCAGAGGAAGAUACAGAUUCCGAAGAAACUCAGUUCAUCCUUGCGUUGUGUGGAACAAUCACAAACAUUGCUGCAUCUGCCUUUGGGAGGGAGUUCCUCAUGACAAAUCAGAAUGGCCACUUGGUGAUGGACACGUUUCUGCAUGCCUUGUCAGAACUCAAGUUGGGACAGUGCACUAAAAUGAAACAGUUGAUCCUGAUGUGCAUGUACAAUGUGAGCAUCAAUCAGAAAGGCGGUCGACACAUCAUCAAUCACCCUGGCAUAAUAGGGUUACUCGUAUGGCUACUACAAGGAGAGAAAGCUUCCGACAUUGUCCUCCAGUUGAUCAGGUUGAUCCAUUCUCUCAUUUGUGAGCAGGGCAACCCAAAGAUCCUCCAUGAGGUGAACGAAGUGCUUUCUGACCAAUUGGUACAGCAACUUGCAGCGGAUCGAAACAAAGAGAUCAGCCAAGCCACAAUCGAAAUGAUGUCGGACAUCAGGGUCCUCAAAUUUCCACCGUUGGAACAGUGCAGGGAUAUGAGAUGA